AUGGGGCUGACGUUCAUAAAGAAUCAACAUUUAAAAACAAAUGAACAUAAUAAAUUAGAUGUUGAAGGUCUAGAUGAUUUAUUUCAAUCUAACUCACCAACUAAAUCAAUUUCAACUUCAAAUGAUGGAAUACUACAAGAUUUACACGAUGAUCAGUCUGGUGAUAAUGUUCCCAAUAACAAUAAAAUGGAUUUUCAAAAAUUAAGUCAAUUUAUAAAAGAAGCAUAUGAUAAAAAACCAACAACAAAAUUUAAUAAAUCAAAUAUAAAUUUUCAAGAUGAUGAAUUUGAUAUAGAUUCAAUAUUAUCCAAUUAUAAAAAAGAUCAAAAUUCUUAUUUAAAAGAAAUGAUACCAAGUUUUAAUAAUAGAAUAACAAUUCAUUCAAUAAAUUUAGAAUUAAGAGAUAAAUUAUAUAAUAAAUGUGAAAUUGCAUUAAUACCAACUUUACAAAAAAUAAAUGAAAUGAAUUCAAGUUUAAAAAUUUAUGAAUUUUAUCUGAAUUUAUUAAAUAAUUUACAAGAAGAAAUUAAAAAUUCUAAAAAUGGUAAAUUAAAUAAUAGAUUUUAUUUAAGUGAUUUAUUUUUGAAAACAAAUCAAAUAGAAUGGAAUAAUUUACAUGAUGAAGUUAUAAAUAAAAUUCAAGCUAAAUCAAUUGAAUCACCAUUAAAUCCAGAAUUAAAUCUUAUAUCAUUACCAAUUAUAACAAAUCAUAUUUUUCAAAAAUUAGGUUUUAAAUUAUUCAACGCCAAUUUAAUUCAAACUUUUUUAAAUUUUAUUCAAAAAGAUUUUUAUUUAUUUUCUUUAUGUUUUAAUCAAGAAACUUUUAAUUUAAUUUUAAAAAUAAAUUGGAUUUAUUUUGGUAAUUUAGAUUUAUUAAAUAUUGAAAAAAUUUUAAAUGAAAUGAAAUUUUUUGGUUUUAACGGAGAUUUUAAAACUUUUCAAAUUUUAAAAAUUAUUAUAGAUGAAUAUAAUUUAUUAUCAAAUGGUAAUUCCAUAUUUAAUAAAUUUGGUUGUAAAAUUUUAACAAAAGAUGACAAUUUAAGAAUAAAAUAUUUAACUAAAGAGUUUUAUAAGUUGAAGAAUAGACUCAAUGAACAAUUGAUUAAAAAAGAUGAAGAACUAUUGGAGAGUUUGAUAUAA